AUGACUCGCGACACGCCGUCCGUGCUGCUACUUCUCCCCGACGGCGGCGUGCGCCUCUACCCCCACGCGGUCACCGUGGCCGCCCUCCGUCGCGAGUUCCCUGGCUCCGACGUGUGCUGCGCCAUGACCAUGCACCCGGUCACCUCCUCCUCGCCGCUCGAGCCAGGCCGCACGUACGUGUUGGUGGAGCACCGCUGCGCCCCGCAUUGCCGAGCCACUGCCCCCUUUGCUGACCGCUGCGUGCGCGCGCUGCCCUCUCCCUCUCGCCCAUGCAGCCCCACAGUCCUCCGGUGCGACAGCCCCGCGCGGCCAGCCUCUGGUCCCCUCCGCCCUGCCUCCUUCCCGCCAUCCGUGUCGCCGCAACCGGCCGGGCCGAUCUUCAACGGCCACCGCUCGCGCAGCGCCACGUUUAUUCGCGGCACGGAGCGCUCCGCGUACGCGCUCGCCAUGGGCGGCCUUUCUUCGAGCCCCUCGUGUGACGCGCGGCAUCCCGCGGCGGAGACGAACAUGCAGGGGAAGGCACACGGGGCAAUGGUGCGCGCGGACACGAGCUGGUGGGAGGAGGAGGCGAACAGGCGCGCGCAGAUGGUGCGAUCCCAGACGCGCACGAGCGGGCAAAGCGUGACCCAUGCGCUGUGCGAACAUGGCUUGGAACACGUGGAGGUGCAGGGGCAGGCUCGGGCGAAUGGGUGGUGCGAUGGCGCCACGCAGGGUGUGCGGGAGGCAGUGCAAGGGGAGACGGGGAGCAUGCGCAUGGCAGGGCGGCUGAGAUCGACUACUGUGUGCGCAGGGACUACCAGGCAGGAGAACCAGGUCCCUUGA